AAGGAAGAAAAGUGGAAGAUUGAUUCAAUAACGCUGAAUGAGUAUAGUCAGUCCCUAAGAAAGAAGGCUUUGUAAUACUUUCCAAUUUUCAUUCCAAAUUCCAAUCUUGUGGAGGAAGAGACAAAGAACUCACCAAUCCCUCAAUUUUACGUUAAAAACAAAAAAAGAUUAAAUUUUUGAAACAUCCCAAAAGAGAGAUAGAGAUUCUUCCAUAACUACAUAAUUGAAAAAUAAAACUUGGGUUUUCCUUCACUUGCAAAUUUUGGUGUCUUUUACAAUUCUCAUCCCAAUUGGUACUCAUUUUCACAUGAUUGACGUUUUGUGAUUCUUUUCUCAAAUCGCACUGUAAGUUCCGGUUGUGGCUUGAUUGGUGCGUUUUUUUUUAAGGUUUUGUAGUGAAAGGGUAGCGUUGCUUUGAAUCAGGGAAAAUGGGGUGGUUUUCUGGGAUUUUUCUGGGGAUGGUAUUCGGCGUGGCAUUGAUGGCUGCGUGGCAACGCAUGAUGACGUACCGUAGCGCCAAGAGAAUUUCAAAGGCAGUUGAUAUUAAACUCCUUGGGUCGCUCAACAGAGACGAUUUAAAGAAAAUUUGUGGUGAUAAUUUUCCUGAUUGGAUAUCUUUUCCUGUGUAUGAGCAGGUGAAAUGGCUAAACAAGCAGCUGUCCAAACUUUGGCCAUUUGUUUCAGAUGCAGCAACAUUGGUGAUAAGAGAAUCUGUUGAGCCGCUAUUGGAAGAGUACAGACCUCCUGGAAUUACUUCAUUGAAGUUCAGCAAGCUCUCCCUCGGAAAUGUUGCUCCAAAAGUUGAAGGUAUUCGUGUUCAGACUCUUAAAAAAGGUCAAAUAAUUAUGGACAUUGAUUUUCGUUGGGGUGGUGAUCCCAAUAUCGUUUUGGCUGUUGAAGCUGCACUUGUUGCAUCAAUCCCUAUUCAGUUGAAGGAUCUCCAGGUUUUCACCGUUAUCCGUGUUAUAUUCCAACUUGCUGAUGAGAUUCCGUGCAUUUCUGCUGUUGUUGUUGCCCUACUUGCUGAGCCAAAGCCUAGAAUUGAUUACACUUUGAAGGCUGUUGGUGGAAGUUUGACAGCACUUCCUGGAAUUUCAGACAUGAUUGAUGAUACUGUGAACUCAAUUGUUACUGACAUGCUCCAAUGGCCUCAUAGGAUUGUUGUUCCUCUUGGGGGUAUACCUGUUGAUACUAGUGAACUGGAGCUUAAACCCCAGGGAACGCUUAAAGUGAAGGUAGUGAAGGCUAAUGAUCUGAAGAAUAUGGAAAUGAUUGGGAAGUCCGAUCCUUAUGUAGUGUUGCAUAUUCGGCCGCUGUUUAAGGUUAAAACAAAGGUCAUUGAUAACAACUUGAAUCCUGUUUGGAACGAGGAAUUUGAGUUGAUUGCAGAGGACAAGGAGACCCAGUCACUCAUUGUUGAGGUUUUUGAUGAAGACAUUGGGCAAGAUAAGCGAUUGGGAAUAGCAAAAUUACCACUUAUUGACCUGAAAGAAGAAACUGAAAAGGAGUUUGAGUUGAGACUGCUGCCAUCACUUGAUACACUGAAAGUGAAAGACAAAAAGGAUCGAGGAACCUUGACAUUAAAGAUCUUUUAUCACGAAUUUGACAAGAAAGAACAAUUGGUUGCACUAGAGGCAGAGAAAAAGAUACUAGAAGAAAGGAAGAAACUUAAAGAGGAGGGAGUUAUAGGAAGUACAAUGGAUGCCCUAGAUGGAGCAGCAUCGGUGGUUGGUUCCGGUGUUGGAAUGGUGGGUUCCGGUGUCGGAAUGGUGGGUUCUGGUGUUGUUUCUGGUGCUGGACUUGUUCGGAGUGGUGUUGUUUCUGGAGCUGGAUUUGUGGGGAGUGGUGUUACUUCUGGUGCUGGACUUGUGGGGAGUGGUGUUACUUCUGGUGCUGGACUUGUGGGGAGUGGUGUUGCUUCUGGUGCUGGACUUGUGAGUAGUGGAGUUUCUUCUGGAGCUGGGCUUGUUGGCGGCGGCCUUGGUGCUGGAUUCGGGGCUGUUGGCAGUGGACUCGGUGCUGUUGGCAGUGGACUCAGCAAAGCAGGGAAGUUCAUGGGAAGGACGAUCACCGGACAAGGGGGAUCCAAAAGGAGUGGUUCAUCUACUCCUAUCAAUGUGGAGGAGGCUGGUGGUGGUGCAAAACCUCUCAAUCAGUAACUGCAACAGCCCUUUUACCUUCAACUUUUUCUUUCUUCUUUUUCAAAUUCUGAGGAUGUUGUUAAUUGAAAUAGAGAUUGAACACUUGUAGAGAUGACACUUCAAUUUUAGUUGUAGCAUCCUUUUUUUUUUUCUGUAACUAUGUUUGACAUGGCCCUGUAAUAAACUAACAUUGUAAAAAUUCCUGAAAACAAAGUUUCAAAACGGGAAAAAAGAAAAAGAAAAGAAAACCAUGUUACACAAAUUGUUG